UAUCAUCUGAGUACUUACUAGAUGUUCCAGUUUCGAGUUGCCGGUACCAUCGCCAAGUGCAUGUGAAAUUGCGCGCCCCAUCCGGAGUGCUUCAGCCUGAGGCUUGAGGCGACGAACCGACCACUGUGCUGCUCGUGUCUUUUUCGAGCUCUGACCUUCCCGCAGUAGGGCUCUGCAUUCAUCCAUCACUCUCAGUUCAUUCACCAUGGGACGACCAACGGAGAGCAACCAGGACAGUCUGACGGUGCGCGACAACCGUACGGGCAAGACGUACACCAUUCCGAUUGUGGACAAUGCGGUGCCCGCGACUGCGUUCAAGGAGAUCAAGGCCCCAAGGAAGCCUGACGAGCGGGAGGAGAACGAGACUGAGAAGGGCCUGCGGGUGCAGGAUAAGGGCUUCCUGAACACAGCUGUCAUCCGGAGUGAGAUCACGUAUAUUGACGGUGAAGCUGGAGUGUUGCGCUACAGAGGCUACCCUAUCGAGCAACUUGCUCUGCACUCGUCACAUCUGGAGUCGGCGUACUUGCUCAUAUAUGGCUCACUUCCAACAAGAGAGCAACACCUGCACUUCGAGACGGAGGUAAUGCGUCAUGGCAAUAUGCACGUCGACUCUGAGGAGUUCUUCCGUUCUUUCCGGUAUGACGCGCAUCCGAUGAGCAUGCUCACGAGUGCAUUUGCAAUGCUCGGAUCGUUCUACAGCGAAGCCAACCCUUCUCUGCAAGGCCAGAAACUGUACACGAAUGGCGACAAGGAGUCGCUCGCUACGAUGGACAGACAGAUCUACCGACUGAUCGGGAAGGCGACUACACUCGCCGCCAUGGCAUACCGUGUGCGGCAAGGACGCGAGUUCGUCACACCCCCAGUCGGACUUAGCUACACGGGCUCGUUCCUAUACCAGAUGGACCACCUCGGCGAGGAGGACUACAAGCCCAACCCGGUCCUGGAGAAGGCGCUGGACGUCCUGUUCCUCAUACAUGCAGACCACGAGCUGAACGCCUCAUGUACGACUGUCCUACAAACGGGUAGCUCGUUGGUCGACCCCUACUCUGCCAUUGCGGCUGGCUGCGCGUCACUAUAUGGACCAUUGCACGGUGGUGCCAACGAGGCCGUCAUUCGAAUGUUGGUCUCAAUAGGCAGCCCUGAGAAUGUUCCUGCGUUCAUUGAGGCCGUCAAGAGACGCGAGAAGACGUUGUCUGGCUUUGGUCACCGCGUGUAUAAGACGUCUGAUCCUCGGUCUUUCAUUGUGAGGAAGACAGCAGACGAGGUGUUCAAAGUCACAGGAAGGGAUGCACUGCUCGAGACAGCUAUGGCAUUGCAUGACGCUGCUAUGAAGGACGAAUACUUUAUCAAGCGUAAGCUUGCACCCAACGUUGACUUCUGGAGCGGCCUGAUCUACCGUGCCAUGGGAUUCCCAAUGGACUUUUUCCCGGUGUUGUUCGCCGUCCCGCGGGUGGUUGGAUGGUUGGCGCACUGGCGCCAGAUGAUGUUGCAAGACGGCGGUGUGAAGAUCUGGCGUCCCAGGCAGGUGUAUGUCGGCGCAGGCAAGCGCGAAUACGUGCCCAUCGAGAAGCGCGGUCCCGUGCAGGGGCUGAAGGAGACGCCGUCGGCUGUCGAGCAUGGCGGUAUUACGAAGAGGACCAUGCUGGCGAGCUUCAAGGGGAAGAGCAGGCUCUGAGGGCGGUGUACUGUACCUUCUUGCAUACCCUGUCUGUGUUGUCGAAUGCGCAUUUCAUUACAGCCUCUGUUC